CUCUUAAACUUUGGUCCCCGCAGCGAGCAGUUUACUGUCUGUGCUGUUGUUAUCGAACAGCGGGGAGACAUUAAAGGGUCAUGCCACUCAGUGUCGUGCUGGACGGUCCAGCCCCCUGGGGGUUUCGCCUGACGGGAGGAAAGGACUUCAACCAACCCCUGACCAUCUCCAGGAUCACACCCGGCAGUAAGGCGGCCAUAGCCAAUUUAUGUGCCGGUGAUGUCAUCAUGGCCAUCGAGGGAGCCCCGGCCUCAGACAUGCUGCACUGUGACGCCCAGAACAAGAUAAAAGAGUCGACCAAUCAGCUCAGUCUCACCGUUGAAAGGAAUGAAUCAAGACUGUGGUCACCACGUGUUGUGGAGGACGGUAAAACUCAUCAAUAUAAAAUUAACCUGGAAGCAGAGCGGCAGGAAUUUAAACCUAUCGGCACUGCUCACAACCGGAAAGCUCAGCCUUUUGUUGCGGCGGCGAACCUCGAUGACACGCAUCAGGUGGUCAGUUCAGCCUACAACACCCCCAUCGGCCUCUACUCCUCAGGCAACAUCCAGGACGCCAUGGAGGGCCAGAUCCGAGGCCUGGUUCUUCCCAAACCAACGAGCCCCAGGACUUUGACCAGUAUCGAGGAUUCUGACGUGUACCAGAUGUUGCAGAAAGACCAGGAGGAGCCCCAGGAGCCUCGGCAGUCUGGCUCGUUCAAAGCCCUGCAGGACUUUAUUGACAGCGAUGGCACUCGUCCCAUUGUGACCAGGACAGUGAAAGCCCCCACAAUCAAUCCAACUCCGCCCACAGGAAACCUACAGAAGCUGCCCGUCUGCGACAAGUGUGGGAAUGGGAUCGUCGGGACAGUGGUGAAGGCACGGGACAAAUAUCGUCACCCUGGUUGCUUUGUGUGCUCCGACUGUGACGUCAACCUCAAACAGAAGGGCUAUUUCUUUGUGGAGGGGCAGCUGUACUGUGAGACUCACGCUCGCGCUAGAAUGAGACCACCGGAGGGACACGACCUCAUCACCACGUUCCCCUCUGCAUAGAUUCACGACAAACACUCAGACACACACGUACACACAUCUAGAUCUACAUCUGUUCUAUGUGUUUAUCUGAUGUUGUCUGUUUGCAAUAAUAUUUCGAUAAGAAUACACUUUACUUUCUGAACGUGACAGUAUGAUGUUUUCUCUGUGUAGGAACAUUUUACAGGUGAUAUUUGAACAGCCUGCAUGUUUAAAGUGACGACACUCACACAAUAAAGACCUCUGCUCAUUCUGACUCAUA